GCGUUCACAUCUGAAGUUAACCAGCUUUCUCAAGCAUUUCAUACUGAUGUCGCGUUCGUCAUGCCGUGCGAGGAAGACUCGUCGCUGCUCUUCCUCAUCGUACAAUAUUUAAAGAUCAAAGGCUUGCGGGCCGCCGCUGACGUGCUGGAGGAACAUGUAAGCCAGGUGGAGAUGUCAAACGUGAGCUUGAACCUACAAGACAUCUACAAAGGAUGGCUGAAGAUGUGCUCGCCACAUGCCGAUCAGCCGGCCAGUGGCUCCGAUGCGCCCAACGAGGUUGAAUCUGAAGGGGGCGCUGACGAGAGACCCCCAGAAGACAACAACACGAAUGCCGAAGGUGUGCUAGGCUUGAAGUCUGAAGGCGUGGAAGGCACCAACGGCCAGGCUCACAAUGGCUGCGACUCACUGCAACCCGAAGAGGAAGAACAAACGCAACAAGAGCAGCCAGAAGUUGUCAUGGAUGUCAAAGGUGAAACCUCUGGCACGUUGAAGUCGAAUCUCCAUCAAACAGAGGCCACGCCCAGCCCAAAGGAAGCAACCAAUGAUUGUUCAGACGACGAGGGCAACACCGGGUCGCAAGAAAACAGAAUUGGCUUGAUAGAUCAAGCAGAAAUGUUUUGUGCCAAUAAGCAACAGGCAGAGGUCGAUGUCCCGCCUGCUGCAGCCGCCGAUGUCACGACUGAGCGCGACGAAGAAGAGGUCGUCAAGGAGGUCAGUGACAUCACCACACAGUUGGAGCGGGAGGACAACCAGACGAGGGUGCUGGAGGCUCCCAAUGAUGGCACAAUGGCUGUGGAGGGGCGAGACCACCUGGACGUCGCCAUCACCCUCAACUUCGAGGUCGGUGAGACCAACGCUUGUCUCUCUGAAGAAGCUGCAAUUUCCAAGAAGAAGAAAACGAAGAAGAAGAAAACAACUGCUCCUGAGGAGGAUCAGAAAACGGAGCAGAACAGUCUUCCAAAAAACAAGAAAGGCCAGAAGAGGAAGAAUGAGGAAGAGGAGCAGCAAGAAGUGGAGGACGGUGAGGGUGCAUCAGUGAAGAAGAAGAAAAAGAGGAGGAGGAGGAGGGAGAAGGGUCGGGGGAAGGAGGAGGUGCAGUCUGAUGGAGUAACGGGGGGCGAUGCAGAGCCACAAAAGAAGCUGACGGCACAAGGUGUCCCUCAGCUCUCCUCCAACCAGAAGCGACAUCGACGCAAGAAGCGAGCCAGGAUGCUAAAGAACUGCCAACAAGAUCCCUGCGGGAAAGACCAGACUUCGCCACCUAAACCCUCCAAACGAGACGUGGAGGAGGACGCCCCAAAGAAGAAGAAGAAGACGACGCAGGAGGAGCCCUCCUCAAAACAAAACCAGAUUCCUCCCAGCACCACCAAGAAAGACAAGAAUACAGCUGCCAGUGAGGAGGUUGAAGAUGCUGGCAACUCCUUGGAGGACAGGAAAAAGAUGACAUCAGCCAAUGAGGAGGAGGUUGAAGAUGUUGGCGACUCCUUCAAGGCUGUGAAGAAGAAGAAGAAGAGAGCAGCCAAUGAGGUUGAAGAUGUGGCGGGAAAUGACUCAUUGGAGGUGAAGAAGAAAAAGAUGGAAGCUGCCCAACGUUAUGAGACUCCUGUUAGCAGCCACUCAUCUGCCAAGAAAAAGAGGAGGAAGAAGGUGAAGGACAAAAUGGCGGAAGGCGGAGACGCUUAGCACACGUUUGUCUUGAAGACCACUACGAUGGACCUGAAAAAGACAAUACAACAAAACCGUUUGUACCUAAAAUGUCACUAUCCUAAAUAAUUAAAUGUCACACUUUUUUUUUUUUUUUUAUAAAUGUUGACACGUCUUCCAUGUUUCUGUGCUGAGGAAAUAUUUAAGUUCCGUGAGCCUCGAGCUUUGCUAUUUUUGUCGGCUCAUUGACCACUUGUGAUAGAUUUCCUGUGACCAGUUCCAAUCAUUGCAUUAAAGGGUUCAUCCAGCCAUCCAUCCA